AUGAGCACUCUUCUACAAUUGCUGGCCAAUUACUAUAAGAAUGUCAUUGAAAGUCAACGAAUAUACCAUGAGAACGUUCAGAUUUAUGCUUCUCCAUUAGAAGAAUCUGGUUCAACGGGUUCUGGAUCAUCAUCGAGGGUAGCUGAGGAGAUGUUCCUCCUACAACGACAAGUAAGUCAUUUGACGGCAGAAAUUCAAUCUCUGAGUAGGGAAAAUGAUAAGUUGAGGGGCUUGCAAGCUACUCAUAAGGCAUUAAUGGAAUCGAAACUUAAUAAUUCUAAGAAGAUAAUAGACAAACUGAAAAGAGAACAACGCGAUUAUCGAGCAGCGCCUGAUAGGGAGUCUGAUAGUACUCCGCCUCCACCAGAACUAUCGAAGAAGGGUCAAGCGCCAUUUCAUUUAUUAUCGCCUUUGAAUGUGAGAAAGAUCGAUGGUGCUAAGCACGACCACAUAACCGCGGCAUCCUCGAAACCUACUGGUCUACGUCAAGUCUUGACCGGCGGUCAUCAAACCCUUUUUGAUGGAGACCAAACAAUCGAAAACCUCAGUGCAGACCGUACCGAUGAUGUACUCUUCAUUAACUCCAUAAAACACAAGGAUAAAUUGGGCAGCGUUGUCCUACCCACCGAGGCACUCUCAGAGGAUGAGGACUCGCAAGUUAAAGCAACAAGUAAACCGACUUUGGCUGUAACUAAUGGUAAGGGAGUAACCAAGAAACGUAAACUUGCGCGUAAACGCAUACAGACGGUCGACUCAGACAAGGAAGACUAG